AGAUUUAAGAACCGAUCAGCUUUUGGCAGAUGCACGGCUGUUACCAAGACGUUUCCAGUAACUAGACCGUUUUCCAAAACAUCCUUACAAUGUCCAGUCCUAUGUCUUCCCGGAUUAUAAACUCUGCCAGAAGCAGAAUCUGCGCUUUGCAUGGAAGAGGACAUUUGAAUUCCAGGUACAUUUCAAACCAGAAGAAUACUACACAGAGGAGUUUGUUUUCCAAAGGUCCUUUUCCCUCUGUAUGGGCAAAUACCGCUGGUAGCACAGCUGACGUUUUUACCUUGAACAAGGCUUUCAGACAUACCUCAACGGAAGAAGAGGACUUCUCCUUCCAUCUGACACCAUCGCAGAUAGAUGAGAUAUUAAAGGCGAGCGAGUUGUCCCAUACGAUACCCGAAUUUGAUGGGAAAAACCCCAGUUCAGUGUUGAAAUUUGAGAGUAACCAGUUGGCCGCCAACACCCCAAGCGAAGACCGUCGAAGCUCAGCUGCAUUCUUGCAGACCCGAGGGGUGAUGUUUGGGGUUUUUGACGGCCACGCGGGUUAUGCCUGCGCCCAGACGGUCAGCGAGAGGCUGUUCUUUUAUAUUGCCAUUUCUCUCCUGCCUCGGCAACGGCUGGAGGAAAUGGAAUUUGCCAUGGAGUCCAUGAAGCCCGUUCUGCCGAUCCUGCAGUGGUACAAGCAUACGAACGACAGGUUCUUUCAAGAGGUAGCUUCUUUGUAUUUGGAACAACUCAGGGUUUAUUGGCAGGCCUUACUGGACAUGGAAUCGGGCUUUACGACGGAGGAAGCCUUGGUCUACGCCUUUAAAAGGUUGGACUCAGACCUCUCGUUGGAGGUCCAGGCGCCCUUAGAGAAUGAACUGAUGAGGAACAUCGCCCUUCAGGUGGCUUUUUCUGGCUCGACGGCAUGUGUGGCUCACAUCGAUAGCAUUCAUUUGCACGUGGCCAACGCCGGAGACUGCAGGGCUGUCCUAGGCGUUCAGAAUGAAGAUGGCUCGUGGGCCGCCCUCCCUCUCACUCGAGACCACAACGCCUUCAACAAUCUGGAAGUCCUAAGGUUGAAAAGGGAGCACCCAAAGUCCGAAGAGGACACUCUCUUUGUGAACAACAGGCUGCUGGGUGUCCUAAUGCCUUCUCGGGCUUUUGGCGACGUCCGGUUCAAAUGGAGUCAGGAGCUGCAGCAGAACGUGCUGGGAAAUGGGGGCAACGCGGAAGCGUUAAACAUUUAUGAGUACGUACUCCCAAACUACCACACCCCUCCCUAUUUGACUGCCGAGCCAGAAGUCACCUACCAUAAAAUAAGGCGUCAGGAUAAAUUUUUAGUCAUUGCCUCGGAUGGUCUAUGGGACAUGCUGAGCAACGAAGAGGUGGUCAAGCUCGUUGCGGAACACCUGCUCGAAACAAACGUGCAGCAAAUGCAUCUGUCUUUAAAAAAACCGGCCAAGCUGGGCUACAUGCAAAACCUGCUGCUGCGGAGGAAAGCCAAGCGCGUCCGCUCCUAUGACGAGAACGUGGCCACCCACCUCAUCCGACAUGCUGUUGGGAACAAUGAAUACGGAGAGGUCGAUCCGGAGAGGCUUGGGGCCAUGUUGACCCUUCCCGAUGACCUGGCACGCAUGUACAGGGAUGACAUAACAGUCACCGUGGUCCAUUUUAAUUCCGCUACGGUUGACAGCUACUACCAAGAGAAUAAAUAAGGGACCCGCCUGGCUACUGGAUUUUACUUGCACUAAUUCUGCAGACCACGAAGGGAUUUCUUUUUGCCAUUAGUGGAAAUGCCUAGAAAUGCCACCGUGUAGGAGUCCCCUAGCUGUCUCCAGCGGCCUAAUUUCUAAGCAAGAAUUGGUGUUUACAAUUUUUUAAUGUAUUUAUUAGAACGAAAUGUUGUAAGACAUCCCGGGGGUGGGGGACAAGAGAGGUGCAGUUUUGUGCCCAGAGGAUUA